UUUGCGAUAGCUGAUAGGCCAGCUAGUGUGAAGUGACUUGAGUAAUGGCUAGAGGGGACACGAGAUAGCAAACGAGAUUACAGUUAUUCGCUUCUUUUUAUUAUUUUACCAAUACUGGAAGUACAGCGGGUGUUUGUCUUACUCGGCGUUUAGCUCGAGAGCUCGGUUUGGGCUUGCUUCUUUUGUUUACAUCCAUACUGCAUGCAGUGGAAUGGCUGAAGUGCCGCCUGGGCCUAACACACUGCCUGCGUCCUCGGCCGAAAUUAUAUCGCUGCCCGUGGAUGGCUGCUCGUUCCUGGGGAACAAUGAAAAAUUGGACCGCGGCCGAGGAGACGUUAUAGCUCCGGGGACAGAGGCACAACAAGCCUCUGACCCCAAAGGGAUUGUUAAAUUGAGCCAGAACAGCGUUCAUCACCAUAACUCGGCUGCUCAGCUGCAUUCUUCACCGGCCCAGCUCAACGGCAUCGCUAGCCACCCAGAGCACGACGAGCACCGCGGCCAUAAAACCGCUCAAAAUCACGUCCAGCACCGAGCUCACAGAGCGGCCGACUGUCAGCACACUGCCUCGGAAUAUGUGGACAGCACUGACGAGAGGGGAAACAGGAAAUUAGCGUAUAACAACCGCGACAGCUCGCUACCCAGUAACGGAGUCGACUCCCCCGAUUCCGCGGCCAUAACCGAGCCCGGCUGUUUGAAUCAGCUGGAAACAGACAGUACGGGUCUGAAAGCCGAGCUCGGCAGGACUGUGUGUCGCUCCGAGUGUAAUGAUAAUGUGCAGAAUUCGGCAGAGGACAGAGAGCCAGGCCUGGGGCCGCAGGGAGCAGGAGCUGAGGAGGCACCACUAGAGGAUCAGAUAGCAAAGCUGUCAGUGAGCACACCGGCAGCCGAUCACAGCCCCAUCACUUAUGUGAGAUACGAGUCCGAGCUGCAGAUGCCGGAUAUAAUACGGCUCAUAACUAAAGACUUGUCCGAGCCUUACUCCAUAUACACCUAUAGGUACUUCAUUCACAACUGGCCCCAGCUCUGCUUUCUGGCAAUGGUGGAGAAAAACUGUGUCGGUGCCAUUGUAUGUAAGUUGGAUAUGCAUAAGAAAAUGUUUAGACGGGGAUACAUUGCCAUGCUCGCUGUGGACUCCAAAUUUCGCAGGAAAGGCAUCGGAACAAACCUUGUUAAAAAGGCCAUCUAUGCCAUGGUGGAAGGGGACUGUGAUGAGGUGGUACUGGAGACUGAAAUCACCAACAAAUCAGCCCUGAAACUUUACGAGAACCUGGGCUUUGUCAGGGACAAGCGGCUGUUCAGAUACUAUUUAAAUGGAGUGGAUGCUCUCCGGCUCAAGCUGUGGCUACGCUGAGAUUUCCUGUGAUGUCCCGGACUGUCCCUCAAUUCCUCUGUCCUCCUGUCCCUGUGUCCAAGUGAGUACGGAGAGUUGGCCUCCAGCAAGCCACAAAGGGGAGGCAGCCGCAUGAAAAACAAGCAAAAUGUAAUAAAGAGUUUUAUGUACCUUUCUCCUUGCGAGAGAAGUUAUUGCAAAAAAUGGGGGUGCUAAUAUUUAAAGCAGUCACUGACUCCGAAGAGGAAAAGUUUCUGGAUUUCGCUGUUGUCCAAAAGCCUGAUUGCAGGUGGUUGAGUGAAUGCAGGACAUUAGCAUCACCUCUAGGAGUUGUGUCGAACUGGAUCAGGCUAAAAGAAAACAAACAAGGCAUCACCCUCUAUUCUUUUAUUUUUUAUGAGUAAUUGUAACUGUGGGAUGGAAAAUAAACUUCUACAGUCAAAAAAAAUUAAACAUGCGAAAAAAAAUAGAAGCUACACUAACAAAUCUGAUUUUUCUGUUUUUCCUUUAUUUUUUGUUUUCUUCAGAAGAGGGUUCAGGGGGAUGUUCUGAUUGUGUUAGAGGCCAAAGCAUUGGCUUGUGUUUGUGGGUGUAUAGGGGGGCCUAUUAUUUUUAUGUGUGUAUUUUAUUCCCUAUAUUUGAACAGACCAAGCUCUUUUCAUUGUAGGAAUACAGCUGCUUAAGCCAGAUAUGCACUUCUUGGAAAAGGAAGACACCACAUUGCACUCAGAGAUACUGUCCUAUACAUACAAGCCAUUGAAUUGCUACAACAGGCAAAUGAAAUUACCAGAAAUCACUGUCUGCACCUAAAUUGUGCCAGAAUGAUCCUACUCUCCUGUUAUCCUACUUUCUUUAGAGCGGGGACACACAACUACAGGCCGGCACAGUUUGAUGAUUUUCAGCUACUAAAACUAGUAAUUGCUUGAGUCCGAUGUCCUUGGGAAGAAAUCACCAAACUGUGCAAAUCACCUGAUUUUGAAUGUGCUGCAUUCUUUUAUGCAUUUGUGUAAUGUUUUUUGGCUUGUUUAGUUUUUAAACUUUUGUGCCGGUUUGUUGAAAAAAAAAAAAAAAAAAAGGUUAAAUUUAUUUUGUUGCAUAUACAUCCAUUCAGCACCAUAAACAUGUAAGAGAAAAAUGAUCCCUCCAUCUUUAUAAAUCGUCAGGGUGUUUUAACGAAAAUGAAUCAGAAAUUUCCUUAAUAUAAUAAAUGACUUCAGACACAUUUACGAAUACAACCAAUGCACUUUUUUCUAAAUGUUCCCAACUUAAACAGAUAUGUCCAAAGUGUAAUGCAGUUAGCAGAUUUAAAAAUGAUCUAUGAUGAUGCAUAACUUAGUGACUGCCAAAGGUGCAACUUAACAGUGCUAAUCAAUAGUUAAUUCAUAACCAAUGCCUUGUACUCAAAUAUGCCAUAUGUGUUUGGGGGUGGGAGGUAGUGAUGAUGAUGAUGAUGAUGAUAACUUCCUCAUUGCAUGCACAGUCACCUGUGCUGUCCAGCACUGCUUUUAGUUUAGCAGCAGGGGGCAGCAUGUAAGUAUAAGCAGCUCAUCACUCUGUAUUAACAACCACUUAUGCGGAGGAGGAUAUGCAACAAUUUACAAUGUUAAGAAGUUGUUUCACAGAGUGUGUGUGCUGUAUAGUGUGUUAACCUUUAUAUGGUGUUAGAAUGAAAAUCUGAUUAAGAGUGUAGAUGAGUAAAGACCCCACAUUGCAAGGUAGAAGUUCAUCGUUUUGUUUUGUUUUUCCUGUUUGUCAACCCCCCCCCUAUAAAUACUGAUCUGCUUUCUCUUGCAAUCCUGCCUGAUGAUGUGCUUUGCUGUUGUUUUUUCUUGAAAAUCAUACAAUUUUUGGUGGGGAAAAUGUGAUUCUGUUUGUUUUUUUUUUGUACAGAGGUGCAGCAGUAUUGUUCAGAUGAACAUUAUGGAUUUUUUUUUUUGCCUGAAGAACUGAAUUGUGCAUUUGUAUUUUGUGAACCUAAAUUGCAUAAGAAAUGUAAUGCUUAUACUAAAGUUGAAUUCAUUGCUAGGCUUAUUUGGACACAGCGGAUACAGCCAGAUACCCUCAAAACAAACAGGCUCAGGUGUCCAGUUCUCCUUUUGGUCUCUUCUUCCUUGAGAAGAGCGCUUUUACAAGGGCUCUUUUAAAGGACCCCCUUCUUAUUAAAAACCAUAAUACCCUUCAGAGGGAGUUUGUUUAUGUAAAGGGGUUGGACUCCUUCAGGAUGUGAAUAGCUGUUGAGAGAUGGAAAUGUGAGCUGUUAUUGUGCAAAUGCCCCCUCUCAUCAUUCACCACUGUUGACAGAUAUGCCUCUGAUUAAAUAACUCCAAAAUCUUGCAGCUUAAUUUGUGUUGGGUACAAAUCUAAAUCUCUGAGUAGAUGCUAAUGACUGUUUGGUAGCUGGGAAGUUCUAUAUAUGUUCAUCUAUGUUCUCUUUCUAGGUUUAAUCAAUGUGGUAUGUGAUGAGGAGCAGGCACAAUUCUAAAAGAGCUUAGAAUAGUUGCACUUUCAAUUGCAUCGUUACUUGAUUUCCUUUACUCUGAUGUCUGAGAUCUGUACUAUAGGUUCAUUAACAAAACCCCAACAGCUUCUGAAGUAACAGCUGGCAGGUCCUAGCUGCAUAUUACACCAUUCUUACUAGUAAAAGUAGACAUGAUCCUGUGUGGUCUGGUCAUGGCUUGGUGAAGGAAUGAUCAGUGGGUCUGCUCUCCACCAUAAACAUUUUCGUUGUGUGUGUGUGAUCUGGUUCCCAGUUGCUUCUGAUUUAUUUUUUUUUUUUAAAAAAGGAUUCUUGCACCUCAUGGAGUCAUGGAGUUGGGAAAUACAGUAUGGUCCACAUGUUUCGUCAUCCCGUUCAUCUUCCAUUCACUCUCGCCUCUUACAACUUUUCUUGCAAAUUUUCUUUGAUUUCAUGUGGACAACAGACUUUGUUUAAAAAGUAUAAAUAAAUUAUUUGAUUUUUUAUUGCA